UUACAAAAUCGAAAAUCGAAAGUGGAGUUGUCUAUAAAAUCCCUUCCAUCCCUUCUCUUCUCGUACGUAAAAUUCUUGUUCCUUAAACACACGUCUAAAGCUGUUGGGCUGAGUUAUACAAUAAUAAUGGCGGAAGAUUGUUGCAGCUUCCAACUCAUUAGCGGUGCCGGUGUCUUAAACGUGGAAGGACUCGAAAACUUCACGAGGACCACCAACCUCGCACAGCGUCGUCUCUCCUAUGCUGCUGUUGCAGUUAUUGGCCCCCAAAGUAGCGGGAAGAGCACCCUCUUGAAUAAGCUCUUUCGGACAGAUUUCACGAUGAUGGAUGCAUAUGAAGGAAGGGGUCAAACAACCCAAGGGAUUUGGAUUGGGAAGGGUAUUGGUAUUGAGCCUUUCACAAUUGCCAUCGAUGUGGAGGGAUCGGACAGCAGCGAAAGAGGCCAAGACGGCACAACAACAUUUGAAAAGCGAAGUGCUCUCUUUGCUUUGGCAAUUGCUGACAUUGUAAUAAUAAACAUGUGGUGCCAUGACAUUGGUCGAGAUAAUGCUGCCAGCAGACCCCUUUUGAAAACAGUUUUUGAGGCCAUGACGCGUUUAUUUGGCGCCCGCAAAACAACCCUGUUGUUUGUUCUACGCGACCAAACACCGACUCCACUUGAACGUCUAAAACAUAUUCUGAGGCGAGAUAUUGAUCAGAUAUGGGCUGCAGCUGCUAAAUCCAAGGCUCAGACUCUGGGUGAUUUUUUUAAUGUGGAGAUCAUUGCUUUGCCUAACUUUCUAUACGAGAAGGAGAGGUUUAAUGAGCAGGUUGCUCUGCUGAGGCAGCGGUUCAUCCAUUCCAUCUCUCCAGGAGGUCUUGUUGGUGAUAGGAAGGAUGUUCAACCUGCUUCAGGGUUUCCCCUUCGUGUAGAACAGAUAUGGAAAACCAUAAAGGAAAACAAGGAUCUGGAUCUUCCUGCUUUGGAGGUGAUGGUUGCCACAUUUCGAUGUGAACAGAUUGCCAAGGAGAAGCUCAGUAGCUUGAAAUUGGAUGGGACUUGGUUGGCAAUGAGUAAAGCUCUUAAAUCCGGCCCCGUAUCAGAGUUCGGGAAAAAGCUCAGCUCUAUUUUGGAAAGCUAUCUUUCUCAAUAUGACAAGGAGGCGAUGGAUUAUGAAGAAAGCAUUAGAAAAGACAAACAGCAACGGUUAGAAACAGAAGCACUACAAUUUGUAUACCCAGCUUAUGCUGCCAUGCUGCAACAUCUACGUUCUACUGCACUGAAAAGCUUUAAGACUAGGCUGGAAAAGACGGUGAAGGAGAAACGAGGAGAUGGAUUUGAAGAGUCUGUUGAUAAUUGUGGUUGGUUCGGCAUGCUCGAAUUUGAGAGAGGAUGUGAAGAUGCAACUAUAAAAAAAAGGGUUAGUGGCUGGCUUGCUGAAAAAGUCAAUGUCAAGGAUAGACUUCGCGGGGACAUAGAGACACUUAAAUCCAAUAAGAAAGCCGAAUAUAAGGUUGCUCAACUGAGGCAGCGGUUUGUCCAUUCCAUUUAUCCAGGAGGUCUUGUUGGUGACAGGGAGGAAGUUGAACCUGCUUCAGGAUUUCCUCUUCGUGCAGAAGAGAUUUGGAAAAUAAUAAAAGACAACAGGGAUUUAGAUCUUCCUGCUGUCAAGGUCAUGGUUGCCACUGUUCGAUGUGAAGAGAUUGCUGGUGAGAAGCUCAAAUGCUUUACAACCGACGAGGAUUGGUUGGAAAUGAAGGAAGCUGUUCAAGCUGGUCCAGUAUCAGGGUUUGGAGGAGCUGUCAGUUCUAUUUUGGAAACCUAUCUUUCAGAAUAUGACAGGGAGGUAGUCUAUUUUGAUCAAGAAGUACGAAAUGCAAAACGGCGACUGUUGCUGUCAAACGCAUUGAUGGUGGUACGCGAUGCCUAUGAUACCAUGCUGAUGCAUUUGUAUUUGAACACAGUCAAUAGGUUUAAAACUAGCCUGGAACAGUCGCUGAAUGAAGGAAAAGAAUAUGUUGCUGCUAUUCAUCUCUGUUCCCAAUCGUGCAUGCGCAAGUUUGAUCAAGGAUGUGAAGAUGCUGCCAUUCAACAGAGUGAGUGGGAUGCUUCGAAAUUCCGGGAAAAACUUAUUUGCCAUAUGUUGUCAGAAAUGAUGGCAAAGUACAAGAAACAAAUAACUCUUGCGCUUGCCAAAAGAGUAGAAUCCUUAUUGGAAGCUGGUGAAAGAGUUACAUGGACAUCAAUAAGAAAUCUUUUUGAGCGCAACACUGAGGCUGCUGUAUCAGAGUUUUCAGAUGCUGCUGUUAGUUUCAGUUUGCACAGUUCUGAAAUCGACACUAAAUUGCAACGUUUGAGGGAGCAUGCGAGAAAUUUAUUGGAGAUGAAGGCAAGAGAAGCAGCAGAUGCAGGGAGAGUUCUGAUGCGCAUGAAGGAUAGGUUCGCAAAGGUUUUCAAUCAUGAUGAAAACUCAACGCCUAGGGUUUGGACUCCGGAACAAAACAUUGAAGAAAUUGAAAGGAAAGCCCUCUCUGCGUCUUUGAAAAUUCUAGCAGUCAUGGCGGCCAUACGCUUAGAUAACACAGCGGAUCAGAUUGAGAAUGUACUCUCUUCGUCUCUCAUGGGUGCUGUUCCAGCUGUUGAUCCCCUGGCCUCUAACACAUGGGAAGAGGAAUCGAAUAUGAGGCAGGUUUCCCCAAACGCUACGCUGCUUACACCAGUGCAGUGCAAGUCACUAUGGAUACAGUUCACAGCAGACAUAACAUAUAUAGUGAACCAGGCUAAAUCCGCUCAGGAAGCUCGUAAGCAAGCUAAAAAGGUGAUUCAACAGAUGUUCAGGUUAGUGCUGUUAGCGAUGAUGACAUUGCUGUCGGCAUAUGGGGCCAUGGGGAUAGCUGCAAAGCCGGAGGUGGCAGCGGUGAUGAAGGAAGUAUGGCAAGCGUUGGCAGUUUUGAUGAAAGAUUUAGGGCCGGAGGUGUUGGCGGUCCUGAAAGAUGAAGUGCCAAAGGCGUUAAGUUUUUUAGGACCGCAAAUGGUGGCAGCGAUAAUGGCGCUGUUGACAAAAAUGAUGGCAAGGUGGCGAUAGAAAUUGGUGUGUAGUUCUUAGGUUAAAGACUCACAAUUUGCACGGUUGAUGUUUGCACCUAAUCUUAAUGCAUUUUGCAAUGGUAAAUCAUGGAAAAGAUCUGUCAUUUUAUUGCCCCCAUUGAGAUUAUAAUUGAACUUAUUAUAAACCAACCAAUCCAUGUUGGUAAAAUGUAUGGAGAGAAUCAACUGGAAACCGAGAGAUCUUCUCACAGCCACUCCAUAUAUAAAAGCCAUCUCAGUACUUUUCUUUUC